UGUUCAUUUCAUUUCCGUACAUAAUUAGGCUAAUAUGAUUAUGCUCAUUGGUUAAUGAACAAUGAUGUGAAGUAGUUUAACUUUAUGAUUCACUUGUGCAAGCCUGAUCAUGUAUAUUCGCGAUUAUAAUGUAAUUGGAUACUGAUUGACUCUACUACAAAUAGUGAAUAAUUUGAAAAAAGGCAACCUUUUCAGUGUGAAAUAAAUUUCAGUUGAUCAGAAUACUUAUCUGGUAGGCUUUAAGAUUACAUGAUUAAAUGUAAUUUAGAAAGGUAAUUGCACUAUGAACAAAUGAUGAAAAUUGAUGUUAUUUUUACAACAUUCAUCAUCUUCUCACAGAUAACUUAAUCUGAAUUGGAUAUCUUGCAAGUAAAAAUAAAUCAAUCGUCAGUUGUAACACUAUUUGACCUCUUUACAGUUGACAUUUAAAUCCAAUGUUAAUUUUCAAUUGCAAUGCAUAAACAUUUGAAGUGUUACAUUCUCUGUCUUCAUUUGUUUAGUUGAAAAGAUGAUCAGAAUACUAUUACAGACUUAUCUGGUAGGCUUUAAGAUUACAUGAUUAAAUGUAAUUUAGAAAGGUAAUUGCACUAUGAACAAAUCAAAGAGUAAUAUUGAUGAUUGAAAUCAAAGAUUUAUGUUAUGCUCAUUUUGGUCUUUGUCUAUUGUUUUAUAACGAGCUUAACCUUCGAAAACAUAGUUUGACUCAAUUCACAGUCAUUUGUGGCAUUGUUUCCCUUCUUACAUCAAUAACCACGGUUGGAUUCUUACUGGAAGGAAGGUGGUUCGCUUGUUUCCCGGAAUUAGUUCGAUGUUUAGCUUUCCUUGCCGCUGAACGUUAUCUUCUGCCAAUUGCUGCUCCACUUGCUCAUUUCGGUGUAUAUCGAGAAAUGGUCUUAACUGGUAUUAGGACCGCUUUCAUGGCAUCCGCUAUGCUUUGGGCAAUUGUUUCCAUUCAUGUAAUCUCCAAGAGAUUCCUUUACAAAAGAAUCAAAUCGAUUACCAAAUUUAUCAAAUUGCAAUAAAACCAAUGAGCGGAUAACGAGAAACGAUCAAUCGAGCAAAAUCAAAUUGAAAUCAUUGAAAUUUGUACAAGAAAUGCAAAGAUUUACGUUUACUUGGAAUGCGUCAUUUUUGUGUUUGCUAAAUUGUAGCAAAAUGAUAAAGAGAAUUGCGAACUCUCUAUUGAUUUUCAAUGUGUAAAUUUUGUAAUAUCACUUUGUUUUAAUUCAUAUUCUUGUCGUUGGU